AUGUCAUUCAGGAAGGAGGAUGGAGAUAAAGACAAGAACAGAGAGAAAGAAUCAGAACAGGCAGAGGAAGGCAACAGUGGAGAAGAACACAGGCAGGGGGCAAAGGAGACAGACAUGAGGUCAGCGAUGGCAUCUGCUAUAGAGAAGACCAGUCAUGGCACCAGCGCAAGAGACGUAAACUUGAGAGGAACCCCGGCUUUCAUAGAGCCUCAAGUUCUCACGAAACGGCUGAAAUGA